ACGCGCUCGCGCGCUCCCGCCGCUCCUCCCAGAGUGAAGUUAAAGCGCGAGGCGAGCGCAGCGCUCCGGAGUCUCUCCGCGGACACUCAGACUGAACUUUCCAAAGAGACUCUCUAUCAAAACCACUGCAUAUCUGCUCCACUCGAGCAUACACGAGACAUAUUUCAUAUCGUUCGGAAAGAAACGAGUUGUUGGAUAAAUAAACGCAGGACUGACGGAACGCGCUCGGUGCGUUUACCUCCAAUGCGCCGCUGAUGCGCUCGAGCUGAGCCUGCAGAGAGAGAAGGACACGACGAGAGAGGAGACAAGACAGCGUCCCGUCACACACCCCGGCUUGAAAGGGUGAAUGUAGGCAGCAACAUGAAGCUCUGCCUCCCUCUACUGCUGCCCCUCCUCUUCUAUCAACACUUGUGGUCCCCGGCAUUGGCCAACUCCUGUCCAAAGGACUGUACCUGCCAAGUCCAAGACUCCGUAUUCUGCUUUAGCCGCAAAGAAACUAAAAUGCCCAGCGAAGUAACCACAACGACUAAGAAUCUUUAUGUGUUCAAGAACGGCAUUGAGUCCCUUUCCCAAGAGGACUUUCUUGAGCUGGAAAACCUGGAGAUGCUGGAUCUAAGCCAGAACAAAUUGACUGAACUGCCAGAUCAUGUGUUUGAACCCCUGUCCUCUCUCCACAACCUGGACCUGUCAGCUAACCAGAUCGUCCACAUAUCCAAGGACAGCUUUGCUGGACUGGAGCAUCUGGAGAGGUUAUAUCUAUACAGCAACCUCAUAGAGAGCAUCCAUCCUGCUGCUUUUGAUGGCCUACAGCAACUGCUGGAGCUCAAGCUGCAAGGUAACAAACUGACAAUAAUGCCUGCCCUGAAAAUGCCCCAUCUGCUUCUGCUAGACUUACGUUUUAACAGCAUCCCAUCACCAGAGCCAAAUGACCUCCAGACACCCAAGUUGGAGUCAUUAAAAUUGGGUGGGCUGGGGCUUAGCAGUCUGGAUGAGGAACUCUUGGGAGGCUUCAAGAACCUCCAUGAGCUCGACAUCUCCAACAACCAGUUAACAACUUUUCCAGGGGUACUGCGGGAGGUAAGAGGCUUAGUUUCUCUGAGUUUGGCUGGGAAUCCCAUGGGACCUUUGAAAUGGGAGGACUUUGAGAAACUUUCAGAACUUCAGGAGCUGGAUAUCAGCAAUCUAAGCUUGCAAGGGUUGCCGGAGACCUUACCCCAGCUCUUUCCUCACUUACAAAGACUGACCGUUGCGGAAAACCCUUUCAACUGCCUUUGCAAUCUGGCUUGGUUUCCUAGUUGGCUGCGAAUCAAGCAAAUUCAUUUGAGUAGGACAGAAGAGACACGCUGCCACUUUCCUCCUUUCAAUUCCGGGAAGGUGCUGGAGAGGCUCUCGCACCGAGAAUUUGGAUGUCCAGUUACCACAACAGUUACGACUCGGACAGUAAAGACCACUGCAAUACCUCCUGCCCCAAUCACAAAUUUACCAAGUACCACACAUGAAGUCAUCCCUGGCAAACCUAGUGAUAACCCCUCUACGGAAACCGGCAAUGACCCUCCACCUCCCACCCCAAGUUCUACUAUCGACCCUGACCUAAGAUCAACCUUUUGCCCGCCCAAUAUCUGCCUAAAUGGAGGAACAUGUUGGCUGGACAACAAAAGACGUUUUGAGUGCAUUUGUCCACCUGGAACAUUGGGGAGAUACUGUGAAAAAGAGGAAGACCCACUACCACAUACAGAGGACCCUACUCUCCCAGAACCUGAAAUAACCGCAAUAUUGGUAACUAGCUCCUCAAUACUCUUAGACCUUCACCAGUACAUUGAUAUGCGCCCCCAAAUACGUGGCGUUAAGUUAACAUACAAGAACCUUUCUGGUCUGGAUAAACGUGCCAAGCACCUCAACAUUCCGGCCAGUUACCCAGAAUACACAAUCCGUGGACUUCAGCAAAACUCUACGUAUUCUGUAUGCGCCAGUCCGUUGGGUGAACCCGAGGAUGAGGACAGAGUAUGCAUAGAAUCCCAGACAAUCAGUCAGCAGCUAACUCCCACUGGAGCACGACUGGAGGACCCGAAGCUCACUACGAUGCUCAUCCCUGCAGUCGCCAUCCUUCUUCUGCUAGUCCUAGUAGCCGUGGCUGUUGGGGUAGCUUGCUACAUGCACAAAAAGAAACCAAAGGUACACCAGGAGUUAGAAUGUGAUCCGUCACAGGUGGAGCUGGAGGGUCUGGAAAAUGGGGAGCUACCCCAAAAGCAAGAGAUUAUUUCCUGUCCAUCAACAACACAGAACGGUGGCUUGGACUAUGAGGUACCCCUCAUGCAGGAUCACUGUACUGCGAACAACAACAAGAACAGUUUUAAACCCUCAUAUUUCUGAUAAUUGCAAAAGGUUUGUGACUCGCAUGCUAAAGCAUGGACAAUAAGGCCUUACAAGGUACCACCGUGGACAGUGAGAUCAGCCACCAGGUUCUUUGUAUAGAGACGGUGGCAUUUAGGAGAUUCCUGGUGCAAUCCUGUAAGGGCAUUUCUGUCAAAAUGACAUCCUCCUAAGUGCUUUUUAUCAUCUGAAAGAAUUUACAUGGCAAACUUUCAACCAAAGAUUUUGGUGCAUUUUAAAAUGGCUAAAUUUUUUAAUUGUACAAAGGACAUAUGGCUGACUGAAAAAUGUAGGUGAAAUUUUGAUGUGUAGCACCUGUGUGCAACUCUUAGGAGCUGCACUAACUGUGAACCUUAAGCCCUACAUGUGAGUGGGUAAUUGAAGAUAUGGACUUAAGUCAAGAGGCUGACUCUUAUGAUGCUUUGUUUAACUGAUACGCAUUGUUUCUUUGUUUUAUAUUUGUACCUUUUUUGUAAAUGUUUUUGUACAAAUAUGUGACUGUUACCAGGCGGCUGCUCUUCCCCCAUAUCUUGUGAUUUAAAAAGCAGACAAAACACCAGAUUAAAAACUUUGGAGAUUAAAAUUUACUUGUGCCACCAAAUUAAUCAAAGGCUUUAGUUUGACAGUCUAAGCAGUUGAAAGUCUAUCCCUCCUCUAUUUUUUUAGCCCCUAUACCCCUUUGCCCUCAGAAAAAGAGACUAAACGAAGGCUGAACAAGAAGAUGGCUGAUUCAAAAGCAGAUUAAUACACAUUAUGCUCUGUUGUAAACACAAAUUAAGCUUUAAAUAUAUAAUUGGAAGCUACAAACUGGUGGGAUCUUUUAAAGUAUUUAUUUAUAUGCCGAAAAAGUGGUUGUUUCCUAGACCAGUCUGCAAAAUUAGCAUUUGCACUAUUUAGGUUACUUGGCAGAGAUUUCCAGUCACUUGCAGUCAACACCAUUUUGCCUUAAGACAGGUUUACUUGUUCAAAAACACUAAAGCAUAUGUUUGGAUAGCUUUAACUAUUAGCAGUCUAAAACAGCAAACAUAUUUAA